AGAUAAUUUAGAUUGUAGAUAAUUUACUACAUAGAUAAUAAAUAGCUUAACUUCGUGAAUAUUUGUUAAUUACGUAUAUUUUUUUUUUUAGAAAAUAUUGGAACAUCCAAUUAAAUCUCAUGGAAUAAAUUGUUUCAUCUUCAUUGCACAAUUAAGCUUGUCUAGCAUUCACAACAAUUUCUUUUACUGAAUCUGAAAAAGGAAUGCAGAAUAUCUAUCUAGAUUUUUACUGUUAUAUCUUUGCGAACGUGCUCGAUUACAAGGGGUGAAGGCUUGCGCCGGGAAAAUAUAGGAAAGUCAGUCAGUCGGGUCGAGCAAGCGCGAGAGGACGGUACAUUACCCGUCUCAACAUUGGACGACAUAAUGAAACUUUUAGUCUAUUUUUCAGUCAUAUCUUAAAUUAAAUUGAUGUAAUAAAAAUAAAAAUUAUGUGUUAUGUUUCAUAGGUUUAUUAUCUGCAAGGAUUUUUUGCUAUUGAAAGUAUAAGUGUUGAAAUAGCAGUGGCGGGAAACGGUUUUGAUAUCUCGCUUGACGUGUUGUGUCCUAUGUGUACAUAGAGCGAGAGGAGCCGUCUGCCCUGGAGGGCGGCCGACAUGCUGGAUUCGUCUUGAAUCGAUAUUUUUGGAGCGUUGUAGAGCAGAAACCAUGAGGUUCCAAGCUCAAUAAAGGUUGCAAGGGACAACGUCAAAACCAAAUAGGAAUGAUGAUGGAAAAUGAGAGAGGUGACCAAUGACAGCCUGUCCCCGCCGCGAGCGAUGACCCUGCAACACGCCGGGGGUCGUCCGGGACCCGCGGCGGCGGGGCCCGCCCUGUGCGACGCGCCCCACAAUCCACCCCUGAUGCCAUAUUUUAUAGAAAAUUUCACGCUUAUUAGGCUAUGUCUACAAUCUCUACGGGUGAUAUCAUAUUUAUAUCAAAAUGCCAACAGCUAUCUCCCGCGAGUGCGCGCGAACUUAAAUUUUUCAAAGCGUCCGCUAGUCAAAUUAAAAGCUGCUGUGAGUAAUGUAUUUAGUUUUCGAACUAGAACAGUGUACUGUGAUGUUAAAUCAUUAUUAGUGAAAACAUUAGUGCAAUUAUUCGUUGUUGCCAAGUGGGUUGUGCUUGUGUCUGUGGGGCGAGUGCGAUGGUGCGGUCGACGAGGGAGUGGGAGCAGGCGGGCGCGGGCGCUGCUGCUACUGUGGUUGAGCGGGUUUAGCCGAUAUAGUGAGGGUAGAAGGGACAACGAUUUACACAUUGGAGGAAUCUUCCCUAUGGAGGGCGAAGGUGGCUGGCAAGGAGGACAAGCUUGCAAGCCCGCCGCUGAGCUUGCACUGGCUGAUGUAAAUGCACGAUCAGAUUUGUUAUCCGGCUUCAAAUUGUUACUACACAGCAAUGAUAGUAAGUGCGAACCAGGACUGGGCGCGAGUGUCAUGUAUAAUCUACUUUAUAAUCCACCUCAAAAGUUGCUACUACUGGCUGGUUGCUCAACUGUAUGCACAACUGUUGCCGAAGCAGCAAAAAUGUGGAAUCUUAUGGUUUUAUGCUACGGUGCGUCAUCGCCGGCCUUGUCGGACCGCGCCCGCUUUCCCACUCUAUUCCGGACUCACCCGUCAGCUACAGUGCAUAACCCCACGAGAAUCAAACUUAUGCAGAAGUUCGGUUGGUCACGUAUAGCUAUUUUGCAGCAGGCUGAAGAAGUAUUUAUUUCUACUGUUGAGGACUUGGAAGCCCAUUGCAAAAAAGUCAGCAUCGAAAUUGUGACAAGGCAGUCAUUCCUGUCGGAUCCCGCGGAUGCCGUUCGCAAUCUCCGACGGCAGGACGCUCGCGUUAUCGUGGGCCUGUUCUACGUGGUAGCAGCACGUCGAGUCCUAUGCGAAGUCUACAAACAUCGUCUGUACGGGAAGUCCUAUGUAUGGUUCUUUAUAGGCUGGUAUGAGGAUAACUGGUUCGAGACGAAUUUGGAACGAGAAGGGAUCGAAUGUACCGUGGAACAGAUGCGAGAGGCAGCAGAAGGUCAUCUGACAACAGAAGCCCUUAUGUGGAACCAGAAUGCUAACCAGACCACUAUUUCUGGAAUGACGUCAGAAGACUUUCGAUCAAGACUGAAUGAAGCUCUUCGUGAGGCCGGUUACGACAUUGACGGCGAAAGAUUCCCUGAAGGAUAUCAAGAAGCGCCUUUAGCCUAUGACGCUGUUUGGGCUGUCGCCUUGGCGUUUAAUAAGACUAUGGAGAAACUAGAAAAAAAUGGCUUAAGUCUCAAAAAUUUUACUUAUACGAACAAGAAAAUAGCUGACGACAUCUACGAGGCAAUAAAUUCAACGUCAUUUCUUGGUGUAUCGGGUCUUGUCGCAUUCUCGUCUCAAGGCGACAGGAUAGCGUUAACUCAGAUAGAACAACUGACUGACAACCAUUAUGUAAAACUCGGGUACUACGACACUCAAGCUGAUAACCUCACAUGGCUGGACAGAGAACGAUGGGUUGGUGGAAAAGUGCCUCCGGAUAGAACUGUUGUAGUAAACGAGCUGCGAACAGUCUCCCUGCCUUUGUUUGCUUGUAUGACUGCAUUAUGUAUUGCUGGCAUCUUGGCGGCAAUUGGACUGAUUGUUUUCAACAUCAUGCAUAGGCACAGAAGGGUUAUACAAUGGUCACACCCAGCAUGCAACACGGUGAUGUUAUGUGGGUGUUGCAUAUGUUUGAGUGCAGCGGUGGCUUUGGGAGUAGAUGGUCGCUGGGUGCAGCCCCAACAUUUCUCUGGCCUCUGCGCUGCAAGAGCGUGGUUACUAGCAACUGGUUUCUCCAUGGCGUAUGGUGCUCUAUUUACCAAAGUUUGGCGAGUACACAGACAUACCACAAAACCGAAAGUUGAAACAAAGAAACGCAUGCACGGUUGGAAACUGUAUACAAUGGUGGGCGGGCUUCUGGUGGUGGACGCUGCGUUACUAACCGCGUGGCAGCUACGAGACCCGCUCCAGCGGCGAGUCGAAAUAUUCCCUUUAGAAGCGCCGCGACAUCACGACGAUGACGUCCACAUACGGCCAGAAUUAGAACACUGCGAGAGCGAACACAACACCGUGUGGCUAGGUGUUAUGUACGGAUAUAAGGGGCUUGUGUUGGUAUUUGGUUUGUUCCUGGCAUACGAGACACGAUCAGUGAAAGUGAGGCAAAUAAAUGACUCGCGAUACGUGGGCAUGAGUAUCUACAACGUCGUGGUUCUGUGUUUAAUCACUGGACCUGUUACUCUGGUUAUUGCGAGUCAGCAAGACGCAGCCUUCGCUUUCGUCUCCCUGGCCAUAGUCUUUUGUUGCUUUCUUAGCAUGGCUCUGAUAUUUAUCCCAAAGGUGAUAGAGGUGAUCCGCCACCCAACGGAGAGAGCUGAAAGCGGCCGAGGAUCUGGUUCUGGAUCAGCGCCAGCUGAUGAGGAGCGGUAUCGGGAGCUCGUGAAGGAGAAUGAGGAACUGCAGAAGCUCAUCGCACAGAAAGAAGAGCGGAUUCGGGUGCUGAAACAGAAACUAGCAGAGCGAGAAGCGGCGGCCGCAGACGGCGUGACGCAAGGUACGGGAGGCGGCGGGGUUGGGGGCGGCGGCGGCGUGCUGGCCGAUCUUGCCACCGCCACCUCUGACUAUGGCACCUCCACUAAUUAUACUCGCUCAUCGCGUGCAUGUUCAGGAUGAACACAUCUGAUCGCCCAAGGCAAUCUUCGGUAGACGCGUAGAAUAACGUAGUAUAUAAUUUAAUGUUGACUAGAUUCUGAUGAACAGCGCUGUAGUGAGUUUCUUUAUAUUAACUAUAAGAGAUAAAAGUGUUCUUAUACGAUUAGAAAACUUGGUAAUUACAUAAAUAUAAAGUAAUUCCAAAAUGAAAAGUUAGAUGUAUUUAUUUGGUCACGUUAUUCAAUCUAAAAUUUAUAAAGUUACCCACCUAAGUGAUCUGGCAAAACUAGUUUUGUUUAUGUUUAGAUAUCUAUCAGAAAUUUAUGUAUUUUAUGUAGGUGUUGGUACGCACAUGCAGCUUGAAGUCAUGUAGUUAUUUUAACUGAUGCAAAACUAAUGCGAAAUAUUGUUAAAUGUUUAUGAUUCUCAGUGUUAGUUACUUUAUAUAAUGAAUUCUAUUUUAUGGUUAAAUUUGAUAUUUUUUUGUUAGAAACUGUUAUCUUCUUGAAAUUAGAUAGAUUUUGAAUGAAAUCAAUUAAUAGAAAAUUACAUAUUAAAUAAAUUAGCUAUAUUUCCACUUAGCUGGUGUAAAUUGUAUGCCUCAUACGAAUCACUAGCAUAGUCUAACAAAUUUUCCGACUCCUUGUUAUUAUUGUGUUAUAUUCGCAUUUUCUUAGCAUUUCAAAUUAAUUCUUUUACAUAUCACAAACGAACAAAGAAGAAAAUGCAAAAAUUGUAUGCAAAUACGAAUACCCAUGUACAUAACUCGAUUUAUUCAUAUAUGAUAAUAUACAAAAUUCUUACUGGACAUAAAAUUAAUUGUGGCUCAAUUUCAGUGAUAUUGGAUGCCAAACAAUGUGUAAAUAUACAAACUUUACAAUUCAUGCAAAAUAUUUUAAUUGUCCAUUAACUAAAAUAAUUUCUAUUUAACAAAAUUUUUAAAAUAGAUCCGCCAUCUGUUAUUAACUAUUAUACAAAAGAUCUAGUUAGAUUAUACAGAUGUUACAGCACUGCCAAUUGAUUAAUGUAAUUAAGUAGUUGAAAUAUUGUACCUACCUAAGUGACAAAUUUAGACCUAGACGUUAUUACUGUUAGAUUAUUCAAUAGCAUUUAUUUUCACUAUUGGCACAUGAUUCAUUGUAAUAAAGACUUCAUUUAAGUUACGCAAAGUACAUUUAAUAUCGAUCCACACUUGGAUAUUUAAAUUUAAAUAAUUUUAUUUAUUGAAAUUCAAAACAAAUACAUCUAAAACUUACAUUAAAUUAUAUAACAAUGUAUUUAUUAAUUUUGAAGGCACAAAUUAUAUAUAUAUAUAUAUAUAUAUAUAUAUAUAUAUAUAUAUUUGCUCAAUGUUUCACUAUUUUGAAUGCCCGUCCAUGAUACUCGACAUUUACUUUGCAUUAAUCCAAGUGUGAAUCGAAGCCACCCUAAUCUAAACAAGUACAAACCAGAGAGCGAAUAAGGACACAAUGACAAGCUUGUUCCAUACGUCAUUAUAUUUCUGUACACAAAAUAAACCAGCACACUCGCGGUAUAGUUGUUUCCGAAUCUGUUUUUGGCUUGUGUUCAAAUCGCCUCACGGUUUUAUAUCUGACUAUAAAAGGAAGGCUUCGUCCAGACAACACAGCUUCGACCGGGGCUGCGUGUUGGAUAAAUUUUAAUGUUUUCCCAAAACCUUACGUUUAUUUUUAAACCAAUAUUUUUUGUAAUACGUAAAAUAAACAUACAAAUCUUUUAACAACAUUAAAUGAUUAAAGUUAAACAAAUCAUACAUGAUUUAGACUGAGUAACUAAGAAUAUUCUUAAAUCUUUACAUGAUCCGACAAUAUAGGAUUAUAAGAGUCAUAUUCUAGUGUUUCGUAUAAUUUGCCUUACCUACAAUUUCAUCCUAUUAAUAUUUAUGCACAAUCCGUCUUUUCUUUAUAAUGAGAUGGUAAGUCACUAUCACUAUAAAUUAUUUCACAACAAAAUUAUCCAAAUCGAGCAGUAUAUUACAAUGUACAUAUCCAUUGAAACCUGCACUAAAUAAUCGUUAAUUUGUUUGUAAUUGAAAUAUAUCAUUCGCGUUCGGCCUUAGUCAAAGAUUUGACUGCAUAGAAUUAAUGAUGGACGAAACGAUUGUCACAAUUAUUGUUGUAAUAAGUAAUACAUACUCAUUUAAACUGAUCUAAAGUUUAAAGUUAAACAAUGUAUAUAUAUGCGUGGAUUCUGGUGCCCGAAUUUCCGAAUAGUAAAACUACGUAGUGAUAGUCAACAGAUCCCAAGAACGGUUCGAUUGUGGUGACGCGAUACUGCCUGAUGCGAUAUUUAACCGCAAACCUCAACAAAUGAGAAAGUUGGCAAAUUAUGGGUAUACGAUAAGCCUUGGGAUCCCACUUUAUUUAAAUCAAUAUGUAUCAAAUUUUCAAACAUAAACUAAUGUCUUAGAUUUUAAGAUCAUUACAACACGAUACAACUUUAUUAAUUUAGAUCAGUGAAUGUUAAAAGAGUAUGAUAUAACUUAACGUUGUAUAUAUUGUUUCUUAAAGAUUAAAAAUACAUUAUAGAAAAUCGUUGACAUUCUAAAUUUUAUUACAUUUGAAAUCAGAAUUGAUUUUAAGUUCCCGUCAAUGGAGAAGGUUUGAGUUUCGCGCAUGUCUUCAUUGAGGGGACUGUACAUUUAGCUAGUUUAUAUAGAUUGUUAGUAAAAUCAAAUUUAUUGUAAGCUUCAUAAUUGGUCGGUUACUUCCUUGUGAUCUGUACGUUUGGUUGUAUUGAACGUUUCACCGAAGUCAUCACUGUGUAAAUAAAGAGUCAUCGAAUGAUCUGAAUGUAAAA